AUGGUAUGGAAUUGUAAAAAUCAAGAUAUAUAUAUUAUUAAAGAAAAUGAACAAGAUAGAGUAGAAUUGGGUGUUUUUGGACCACAACUUGAUUCUGAGACAUUUAUCGGAGAAAGGACUGUAAUAGAUAAGGAUGAUAGUAAUUCUGGUAGUAAAUAUUUUAGUGUGCUUGUAACGUCGAUAACCUUGUCUGCCUCGCAACCCAAUUGUGAAUUUUAUAUCCUUCACAUAUUUCCUAAUUCUUUUUUAGUUGAUACCUAUCAAAUUAAUGAGCUUUUUUCUGAUAGUCAUAUACAAAUUUUUGGAGAAAAAGAUUUAGAAAAUCCUGUUGGUGUUACCUCAUUAAAAUGGGGUAGCAUGGUUUUAGCUAAAGAACACCUUGUAAGACAAGACAAUAUAUUUGAGUUCAGCCUACCAUUUCGUAUGCGAUAUCAACCAGCAAACUCUGAAGGUUCGCAAAGAAGUCAUGCCGUCGUUUCGGCUCCAUGGCCUUUAGUCGUAUAUGCAUGCGAAAAUAUGGUUGAUAACGGACAAGCUCCGUUAUUUGCACCAACGCCACUUCCGUUAUCUCUUCUAUUUCCACCAACUACAAAACUUAAAUAUAUUCUCCCGAAAAAAGAAUUUCUUCAACAGAACGUUUGGCCUAGCGAAACUGUUAGGGUACCAGUUGGACAGCUAGACCAUUUAAAAUUUACUGAACG